AUGCGCAAGGCUAUCCGAGAUGGGAAGCUUCAGGCAGAUGUCCAUGGCCUCUGCAUUUUCCAGGGCCUUUGCGCUUUGCCUACCCUGUUUGUCGAACAGGAUGAUCUCAUCAGCCAGGACAAAGUUGGGACGGACUACUCGCAGAUCUUCGCUUGGGAUAACCCUGUGGAACGGAGGAGCAACGGCAAGUUGCUUUGCAAUGUGCUGGACAGACUCUUGAAAGGCUACGAGACCAAGGUUGAUGCAGAGGGGGUCGCAGUUGAACCGCCUUUGGCCAAAAAACGCCGGGGAAGACGUGCUCCAUCCAAGAAGGAUGACAGCCAGACUUCGCAACCUGCUCCAGAUGGCAACCGUUCUGAGAUCCGCAUUGGCACAGUCAAGGUGACUGCCAUCAAGAACCUGCUUAUGUGGGUCACUCCGCAGGCUUACAAGAUGAUGAUGCACCAUUCCUCUGUUUGUGGAGGGGAGCGCCGUUCGGCCUUCACUGAAGCAGUGUUGGCGUGGCGUCAUUUAUGGCCAGGGAGCCCCCCAGCAGAGGGUAUGAUGCCGAAUGAGGCUGAGGAAUUUGCCAGGCGAGGUGCUGCAGCAAUGCAAAAGAAGCUGUUGCCUGAUCGGGUCAGGUCGAAGCCCUUGCAGUUCGGAAUGGAUUUGACACCAGAAGAUCAUGAAGCCUUGAUCCUGAAAAUUGUCAGCGUGUAUGAAGGUGAGAUGGAAACAAAAGGUGACUUGGCCAAGAUCAACGUGGACCAGCUGUGGAGCUACCGCAUGGUAGUGCAGGCAUGGCGUCAAACAGUGAUUCAUUGUGCCAAAGCAGACCUUGAUGAGCGAAGCUUCCAAGAGGUCCAGAGUGCCAUUGAAACCGGCGACGCAUUGGACCAGCAGCUCUGCCAUUGCUUGAAAAGCUUUCCACUUGAAUUUGGCCUCACAAUGUUGCCAGAUGUGAAGUGUUUGACAGAUGCUGGUGAGAUGCAAGAUGCAGAAGUUGAUGAUGUCAUUGAGAAAGCCGAGAAGGAUGAGUGGAUUUCCAAGCUCAUCGCCGUGGAGGCGAAAUUGAAGUUGGAUUGGAAGCUGCUCAACUCAGUGUCAGAUGGCUAUGAGGUUCUUGGAGAUUGCCUGGAUUGGCUGUCGACCCAAAAGAAAUUGAAAGUUGCACAGCACGCUCGGGACACAGUUGACAGGCACAUGAAAUUCUUCUGCCCCGUGUUGGCUGUGGAGAACAAUGAGAGUUUGCCUGGGGACCUGGAGGGCUUGAUGGCUUCCCUGCCGCCGCUGGCUGAUCCUGAUGGCAAGCGUCUCAUGGUUUUCCAUUUGGAUUUCAACAUCCCAAAUGCCCGCAAUGCUCUGAGUCUCAAAGGGCUUAUCCCAUCAUUGGCCAAUUGUGUGGGCACUACUGUGGUCUUGUGCAUCUUUCCAAACCGCAGUCGAGAGGAUAGUGAAUGUGAUCCCAUGGAAGACGAAGUGGACAUUGUCCGAAAGAUGCGUGAGGCUGGAUUCAAACGGCAAGUCCCUUUCUUCAUGCCUUUGCGUGUGCCCAUGGAGGAGACCACAAACCAGACGCAAUGGGACUUUGGGAUGCGGGGACGUCUCAUGUUUUGGGGAG